CGGAAGCGGGUGGAGGAGGCUCGGCCAAUUAGAGCGCGCGUCCUCUUCCGGGUCCUGCCACGCUCUUAAAGGGGCAGCCGGUGUGCGAGCGCAGGUCCCCACGCUGUAGAUCCACGAGAUGUCCGGCUCCCCAGGUCACAACUGGAAGCAGAAGCCGGAGGACGAGGAGGACCCUUUGGACCAAAUGAUCUCGCGCACAGGCUGCGCUGCCUCGCACUACGCCGUCCAGGAGUGCAUGGCGGAGCACCAGGACUGGAGGAAGUGCCAGGCGCAGGUGCAGACCUUCAAGGCGUGCAUGAAGGAACAUCAUCAGCGGCGCGCGGAGGAGCUGCAGAAGCGGCAGCAGUUGGCCCAGGCCAGGAACUGAUGAGAAGAGGCCGCAGCCUGAUGCUCAAGAGACCCAAAGUCAACAUCUGAUCAGCCUUUCGCACACCUGAACCAUGCUGCUGACUCCAGGAGGGGUCAAAUGCUUUGCCCCUUGGCCUGUGUGUGCAGACUGAUCACCCUAAUCAGGAGCUGAGAUGAUGAAAUGACACUGAAUAUUUUCUAGUGGGGAAUCCUGGGUGAAAAUGCAUUUAAUUUUGGGGGUACAAAUUAAAUGUGGAUUCA